GGGGAGGGCAGGGGAGUGGAGGGGGGCGCAGGGUGCCAUGCGCGCUCCUGCUUUCUGCUGCGCACAGGCAGCCGGCGCAGAGAGAGAGAGAGAGAGAGAGAGAGAGAGCUGCUAUUACUAGUGACAGAAAACGGCAGCGAGCACACACAGUCUGAAGAGCGUUUGAUGCGACAAGGUAGGAGAGAGAAACACCUCCGCGUGAUUUCACUCCGCGCUCUUCAUCAGCAUUACCAGUUGGCCUCACUCCCCCCCGUUCAUCUGCCUGUUUUUUUCACGCGAUUGUGGUGUCUGAUGUCCUCUCUCCGCGCUGUUGUUGUGUGUCCGCAGAUGCUGAGCGUCGCCUUGCUGUGUGUGUGCGCCGUCGCCUUUGGACACGUCUCCGCUCGCUCAGACAGCGGCAAUUUUUUGGAUGAUAAGUGGCUCGCCGGGAGAUGGGAUAAAUUCAGAGAUGUAAGUCCCGUUAUUAGCUUCCUUUCCCCCUGAUCAUAAUCUCAUUUACACCCCCCCUAUCCACCCCUCCUUUUUUUCUCCCCCCGUAGCCAACCUCUCAUUGGCUUCUGAUCAUGCGCUCCUCGUUUUCUUCUUGUGUCCAUGCGACGCGUCACGGGGCCCGUUGUGGUGUGGAGUCUGUCACACAUCGUCUCUAGAUCAUCUGAGACACAAAAUGAUCACUGGCCUGUGAGUGUGUGUUUUAGCGAUAGCAUAGAAGGAGCUACAAGGCCCCUUAUGAAACGUUCUCGCGCACAUCACCACGAUGGCAACACUGAGUGCCCGAAAAUAGGGCCUAAUUAUUGUGGCAGGUGUGAGGAGGGAGACAUCCCGCAGUGAUGUACAGUUUGUUCAGAGGAAUAAACACUUCCCACGGUGUUGUUAAGAAACCAGUGUAGUGGUAUGUUGUAUAGCCAUUGUGUGUAUGUUGCUGGUAUUGUGUUUUAAAUGGAGAAGGGCCUACAAUAUAAAGACAUAUAUAACAGUAUUUUACAGUAUUUGCAAACAACCUUUGGGAAUUUGAAGGAAUAUUCCAGCUUUGUGGUUGUGAUUGUGUUGGCACUGAUCUGGCUGCUGCUCCUGCUGCUGCUUGUGGGUCUCGGUGUUGGCCUGACUGUCAUGUUUGCAUAAGGUGAGUAACGCUUCCGGCUCCUGUGGUGUUCAUGGCACACAGUCUACCCACCAUGCUGCCCAGUAGGCUUACAAGGCUUAAGCCCUGAAUGUCUACAGCAAUGUCUUGAAACGAUUGUUGAUCACGCGUGGCAGAGUCUAAACCCCGAUCAGAGCUGAACGGGGAGGACCCAAUGUGUUCGACUGAAUAGCUGGAGCCGAGCACUGAUAGACAGGAGAGUCCCUGCUGCUCCUGGAUGUAGUGUUUCUGAUCUGCAGCAGUAACAAAACAACAGAACAGUCAGAACUGAGUUAAUCAGUGUCCAAACUGGUAACUUAACCUGGUAGAUUAACCAGCUCCUUCAACGAAAGUUCGCCAGAAUUGAUCAUCCAUUAGCUGCCAUUGUAAAAUGUUGGUUAUUUGAAGCUUCUUUUAAUGCAAGAGUUUGUGAGAGAUGACUCUUUUGGCUAUAGACGACCAGUUUGGACGAACUCUUUUGGAUUUGGUACAAUCCAAUUAAGGUGGUUUCUAACAUCUGUUUUAUAGUCCAGGUAGAGAAGAACCAUGUAGAAGCCUUUUCAUUCUUGGCUGUACAGUUUGUACAAGCCAUAUGAAUGUGUAGACACAUGCUAAAAUAUGGGAGCCAGUCACGGAAAUGAUAUGACAUGAGAGGUGUGACAAGACUUAUCAAUGGAUGUGAAAUAAGACGGCAGAAUACAGAUGGGAUGAGGUUCUUUCAAAUCAUUCAAAACUGCUUUGUUUGCCAUUACUUUGCCAUGUUGUUGCAUUUGGCUUUCAACAUUUUUUUAAAGGAGACCAAAUAAAACAUGGACAUAAGUCUUGUUGAUGUCACUCAGUGGUUUCUGGAGCAGAGUUUAAAAGCCAAUACGGCGGUCGCAAUGUAGGAAAUGCUGACACAGUCUAACUUUAGUUCAGAGGCAAAGAGGUGGAGUUGAGGCGAACCUUUAUUCCACUCACAAACACUUCAGUGUGCUUGCCACUCAAGUAACCAUGUCCCUAAUAAUUCAAAUUUCAUAACCUUAGUAUUCCCCAAACUAACGAGUAAUUUUAAAGAAUCAGUCCUACUACAGUGUGCAGAGAAAUAUGAAAUAUUCAGACCAAAACUGUUCUUUGAACCAGGCUGUAAACAAGUCUGUUUUUACUCUGAAGGCAGAGUGUGUGUGUGUGUGUGUGUGUGUGUGUGUGUGUGUGUGUGUGUGUGUGUGUGUGUGUGUGUGUGUGUGUGUGUGUGUGUGUGUGUGUGUGUGUGUGUGUGUGUGUGUGUGUGGCUUCUGUUGCUUUUGCAGUCAGCCCCAACUAAACACUCCCAGUAACUGUAAAUUUUACCACUUGGCAUGGGCUUCAUUUCUCAAAACUACAAGUUGUCUCUUGGUUGGUUACCACUCGUAGAGCACAGCAGAUAUUUCUAGAGCAGCAAACCAGAGUUCAAUCUGGCCCCACCCUGGAUCUCCAACCAUCUUGGAACAGCCAGCAGUAAAAUUACUGUUUUCAUGCUUUUUACUGUCACGUGACCUGAUUCAUUAAAAGAUCAUCCUUUCUAAAUGAUAUAUAAGAAUUUUUUUGGUAUUAGUCUGACCCUGUGCGUUGUACAAGAAACUGAUUUUACAGAUCUAUCCAGCAAAAACUGUCACUAUUGUCUAAAAAUCAUGUAGACGAUAGUGAUGAUAUUAGUGCUAAAAGUAAUUAAAGGAACUCUAGUAUAAAACGGUCUUUUAAAAUAAAAGCCAGAUAGGGAUGGAGAAUAUCUCGCCUCAAGCACAACCUGAUGUAAAUUGAUCCACACAGACAGAAGUGAUUUGUACACACCUGCACUCAUUUACAUAUACACACAAGCAGAUAAACAAAUGUGUAAGCACCAGAGGCAGCAAGAGUCUGUACAGAGUCUGUAAGAAAGUGCAAGUAUUCAACAAAAAGCUGCUCAGUAUCGGUAACCAGAUUUAAAGUCAUCUGUUUCUUCUUCUGAUAAACAUACAGAGAUAAGUUCAAUUCAUGGUCAUUUGAAAGAAUUGGCAUUGCUGAUGUCUGGGCCAAUUAAAGAAAGUUACAAAUAAUAUCUGCAGACACUGCAGGCCACUUCAUCAGCAUGACUAUACAUACUCUUAAAUUAUAACAUUAUAUCCACAUCCUUAAUGAUAACAUUUGGAACCUGAACAGUAACCAGCUAGUGUUUAAUCUAAAUCAUGUUAUGAUGUGUAGAAAAAUGCUGUUUGGAGUUACCUCUAAAUAUCAGUCAUGUUCUGAAAUCUAAAGCUCAACCAAUUUUCUUUUUCAGGAUUGAUUAAAAAUCCGUCUAAAACAUGUGACUUGCUCAGAAAACAAUGUUUAGUAGAUCGUAGUGUGUGUGUGGAAUAAUGGUUGUUAGUAUGAAGUUGUAUUCAAUCAAACACGCUCAAAAAAACAACAACAAUAAAUGUGUAUUCAGCCAGAUUGUUCUGUAAUUAUCAGCAUUGGCAGUUGAAAAAUCAAUAUCAGUCAACCACUAUUAUUCACACGUAGAAAUGACAACCGUGGCUUUUUGCUCAGAAGCUUCACUUUGACCCUGCUUUAAGACUGACAAUUCACCAGAGAAAACACACUUUGCUCUCAGACCAGCUUUAAUGAGUCUUUUUAUCGCUGUGCUACACACAGGCUACUGGAUUUUUUUUUUCAGGGAAUUAGAGCCCUCAGUAGUAUUUGAUGUCAAAGAGCAGAAAGCAGGGGCAACUGUCACUUGGAGCCAAUAGCAGGUUUUUUUAUACUUCAUUUUUGAAGUAUACUUGCCGUGCCUUCCUGUCACAUUCACUGUAAGCUGUAAGAGCCCGCCUGCUCAGGUGGUCACAUGUGAUACACCUCAGGUUCAACCACUGAGCAGGAUUUGGAUUAUGCAAAUUAGGUGUCAGGACCAAAUGCCAGAGAGAGGAUGUGAUUGGCCGUGUACUGUGCUAUUUCAGAUCAACCACAGUGUAUAUCUGUGAUAGAAGGACAGACAGAUUGAAGAGAGUUGCAUAGUGGUCAGUGAAUUGAAGUCUCUGUGUGCAUUCAUGUCUGAGAUUUAACCUUGAGGCUCAGGCAUCAGAGGUAGAGCAUUGUGUGCUCUAUAAGCGCAUGCAUUUCAUUUCCUGUUUCAGCGCUGUGCCCCAGAUUGUCUUUGUGUUACGAUGUGUUCUUGCAUUCUUUCCCAUAUAGGAACCUAUGGGUUGUACGUUGUGCAAAGGUAUUCAGCAAUAGCUAGGAGAAGCAGUGGCAUAACAUAGCCAUGCUUACUUAUCUGUUUGCAUGUCUCUUGCCAACUAGACUUGUACCAUAGUUAUGUUUCCACAGGUACAAAAGGAGUGAACCUCAUUGGCUAGGAUACAAAGAUUUCACACAAAAAUGGAAAAAAUAAGCCUGUUGUUUGGAGCAGUUGGCUGACAUGAGGAUGAGUAUGAGGCAGUGCAUCUGCACUCUCAUUAAAAAUUUGUUUGUCCAUCUUAAUAAAUUCAAUAUGCAGAUGCACUGUGGUAGGAAUUGAUGUCAGUCUGAUUAAUAAAAUCACGCCUAAUGGCACACAUGCGUCCCGAUACAGUCACAGAGGCACGCUCUGCAUAUAGAGGUUACAGCUGGAGGGGCCAGUUUGCCGUAAAGGGUGGCAACAGUUUGUCAUGAGACAUGCUGCAUUGCCUGUGAACAUGUAGGCCAAAGAUAUAACACAUCUGAGAUGUUUACAGGAUAUUUACAGUAAAAGGGGAGGGGGUACACACGUGAGAGGGAAAACAGCAAAAUCAAAAGGAAAUAUCAGCCUACCCAAAAAAAUGUGCUAACAAGGAACUGUAGCUGCUUUAUCUCCAUCUUUGUUUUGUUUUUUUAAUUUUUCCAGAUUUAUUGAAAUUGAUUAGCUGAUUUGAAACAGUUUUUUUGACCCAACUCUCUUGCUUACUAUCAGGUGCUAAAUCGCCAACCAUCGUGAGUUUAAGUUAAUAUCGUUUUGCUAAAAUUACAAGACAGUAACUCACAUCAACUAAAUCCAAAACUUACUCCUGAUGACAGAUUGUGUUCAUGAAAACUCAAAAAUAUAUCCUUCAUCCCGGUGGUCAUACAGAAGUUUGGGUGUUUAUUUAUUGUCGCUGUUUCUUCAUAUGUGUACUAAGCACAGUGUAAGGAACUUAAAUGUUUAUUUUAGCUGCAGAAAACCACUCGCUAAGUUCCUGUUUUUAUCUCAUGUGCUCAUACCCUGUGCCAAGCUCUGCUUCUCUGAUUUAAAUUGCACAUUUUUUGCAUGUAUUGUCGCUAUCAUCUUUCAGCAAGACCCAUAAGUGGGUCUCCUAUUAAGUGCACCAGAUAGGAUCUUGGCUGCUGAUUUACUGUACGUCCUGUAAGGAUGGCUUGAGGGGCUCUUAGUGCUGCACUGGUGCCAUCUCAAGUUUUUUCUUUCUUUCUUUGCCUUUUUUUUUCUGACAUUCUGCUGAGUUUACCGGGCUUUGGCUUGCUUUCAUCACUGCCUUAUAGUAUGGUAAAGAGAAAAGAUUGAGAAGAAGAAAAACAGACAGUGAAUGAUAUAUAGAGGAGUGAGUCUUGUUUAAAGCAGCCUCAUUAGAGCAGAUUACACCUUUCAUGCCGCUCGCCACACCUCUUAGUGUAAUAUUUCUGUGCAUGUCCAUCCUGUGUUGCUCAGGCUGUGGAGGGUGAAUGAUGUAGAGGGGAGGUUCAGAGCUGGAGGCCUUUUCCACUUCAAAGAACCCGGUGUGUAUUUGUGUGCGUGCAUGCAGGCGACAAGCUUGAGCAAGACAAGCGGAGCCAGUACAAUGAAAACAUGCACAUAUUUCUGCCACUGAAAGUUAGAAGGAAAGGCAGCAAGGAGACAGGAAAGGGAAGGAAAGGUGAGAAAAGUGCUCGUCAGAGGGGACAGCUAAAAUGUGCUUUCAAAAGGAUUCAAAAUUAUCGCGCACACGAGCAUAACAGGAUGCAAAUGACCAGAGCUGAUUCAUGCACGGUUGUGUUUGUGCUUGUGGAGAAAAAAAAAAAACAUACCCAACUAGAGGAACAGAGGUUGAAUGAGAUGGAGAGAUAAAUUGAAAAGGAGCUAUUUUUGGUGCUCUCACAGGAGGUCAUGAGACCUAUUGUCGAUUUCUUUGGGUUUCUGUUUUUUUGGACGUGGGAGGCUGGUUGCAUGCAUGUGCAGUGGAGUGCAUUCACCCGGUUAUUUGAUGUUUUGUAGUGCUGACAGAUUCUGGCACUCUCGUCAGAGUUGUGGUGAUAAGUUUGUUUGUUUAUAGAACUCUGUGUGUGUAUUAGGAAGUGCAUAUGUGUGUGUGUUCCAGUGGUCUUUUUGUGUGUGUGCAUUUGCGUGCAUCCGUUGAUUCCAUUAUGAAAUCACACCGCAAGCACUUUUGUGGUCUUGACUGGUCUGGAGGGCCCAGCCCCAUAAUGCAAUGUUCUCAUUAUUCAGACUCCUCGGUCUGCAAUGCUGGAGGGGGGACCAUCCUGAACAGGCACAAAAGUACCUCUCUGUUUGGUUUUAUCUCUGUAAAGCUUUCAGCAUGUGAACCUCCGUCAUAUUAAGAUGUUAAAGUACAGAACAAAAUGAAAGGAACGUGGGGCUUUGGAGUGGGAGGGAGAAAGUGAGUGAGGAUAUAAUGAGUAAUAGAGAGUCUGUCAAGAAGAUGCAGAGGGUCAGAAAGAGCAAGCGGUAACAGAAAUUAAUUAGAGCUGAGAAAAAGGCAGGAGCUGACCCUGGUCACCUUAUAGAGGGCAGGAAGUGAUAGAAAGGGAGAGUCCUUCACAGUUUAACUCAUACUUCAGAAAAUAAUGAGGAUGUUGUGGCAAAAGAUGUUUGUAUGCAUGGAUUUGGAUAUGCGGCACGUACAUGCGCUGAACAUGUACACAGUACUGAUUGUGCUUAAAGAUGGACAAUGCAUCUCAAUAUCAUGUUAAUGUACAGAGGGGACGUCAAAAUAACCCCUGUGUGAGAGGAGCAGUGCUGGUGAUGAUGUCUAAAGUCAGGGUCAGCUUGUGAAUCUGCAGUAUUGGCAUAUCAUCCCUUUCGCUGACCUUAACGUACAUUUUAACUUGUUGAUGGCGUGGAUCAGCAUGAUGAGACCGAAUUCUGAAAAUAAAAACCAUGUUUGAAACAGUGGCAGCAGCAGGUCUUUCAAGGAGGGGAAGCUCAUUUUUUUUCCUGGCCCACAUCAUAAAUGUGUUUGUUUAUUUAUAUGUUGAUCUGUGACCCUGUCGUGACAGAAGAGAGACACCAAACACAACGCGAGUUGUUUUAACAAAGAGAAAGUCGCUGGGGAUCGGAAAAGUCUCCGGAUCAGUUCAGAACAACAGAAUGAAAAACUUUGAAAAUGCUCCGGUGGAUGUUUAUACUCUAAGAAAAAAGAGGUUUCAUCCAUGGGUGUGACAAAGCCCAGCAUUUAUCCAAGGACUGUCCAGUUUCACGCAGUCGUGUAGGUUACCUGUGAUAAGUAGCUGAUUCUGAACAAAAUAUGAACAUGUUCUAGAACAUAUUUACUCAAUGAAAUGUACACACAGCAGUACAUAUUUCACAACUUUUUUUUUUUCUUUACAUUUUAGGGGAAACUGAGCUUCCCUUUGCAGUCUCAGAGCAAUCGCCACUGAUUUGAAGUAGCUGUAAUCUGUCAACAUGGAGGAAGUGGGCCUCUGUGAUCUUCACUGUUACCAGUCAGCAGAGGUGGACUGCAGAAGUUUUGGCCUCCACUUUUGGGAACGCUUAUGCCAUCCAUUUUUAAAACAGUUUACUCCUAAAGGUGAAUAGAUAACCUGCUGUCAUGCUGAAUAUUACCGGAACAGAGUUGGUCCAGGCUGGUUGAGAUGUAGGUUGAGCAGAUCACACGCAACCUCCCAAUGAAGCAGCAUGAGAACUGCUCCAAGUGUAAUAAUUUAUCAGUUGAACCAAUGUGCUACAUAUCAGGCAGAACUUAUCAAGCACAGCAAGUACCCUAGAGUUACACAACAACUGAAACCAACAAAAACAUGUCAAUAUCGUCAUGAAAUACAGGUCAGUGAUCCUGUGAUUGUGCGUAUUUCCGCUGUGGUUGACAAAACAGGAAAUGUUCUAAAAACUGCAACUUGAAACUGUAACUUGAGUUGCAAAUGAGUUCCUCGUGAAAUCAUAAGGCAACUGUUUGAAGAAAAAUUGAUGCCCUAAUUGGAUAGUUAGCUAAAAGAACAUUUGACAAACAAAAAAUGAUAGUAAUAUAUAUAUAUUAAGUCCUGCACUGCUCUGUACUGGCAGGUUGGUUAAGACUCGAGUCUCUAUAAAGCCACACCGUGGGAUUUCUGCUGAUAAGACCCUUUUCUGCCUCCUAUCUCUCCCCGUUUCCUAUUUGUUCUGGCACCUACCAUGAAAACACAGAAAGACAAUGAGAGUAAGAGAGAGAGAGAGAAAAGUGCAUGCAACCGUUAUCCAGCUGGUCAAUAAAUGAAGUACAUCAACUUAAUUUUAGAGAUGGAUUUCUUUGAGCAGAUACCAAUAACUUGUAAUAUCUUGCUCCUGAUGGUGGAUACCUGUAAAUUACGUUUUUGCAUUUGAAAUUGUGGAGUUUAAGCACCCCAUAGGAAGAAAAAGACUGUGAAUAUGUGUGGAGAAAAGGGCAGAGUAGGGCUGGGCGAUAUAGCCUCAAAUCAAUAUCACAAUAUAUUGAGCAGUUCACCUCAAUAACGAUAAAUGAAAAAAUAAAUACUCCACAAGCUUCUCACCCCCUCCCACAUAAACUUUGUCUACUCCAGCCGCUCCAACUUUUUAACCGUCCUCCACCUCCUCACCUGUCUUUCACUCUUUGUUACUGACUGGAUGGGGUGGAGUCACGUCUCUGACGUAGGACAGCGUCUUAAAGGGACAUGAGACCGUAGCCUACCUACACACAUCCAAAACCAACUUUUAUUUAUUUACUUUUUUGACACCGAAUAUAUUGACAUGGGCAAAGUGACUUUGGUUAUUGUCAUAAAUUUCAGUAUCAGUAAAUUUUCGUUUUAUCACCCAGCCCUAGCGCAAAUAUUUAAGUGUAGGGAUAUGACUGCUAGAGAGUGGGGACUCAGGAUAAUGUUCGAGAUUCACCAUAAGACAAUGAAAUGAAACAUCCAUACUGAUUGAUCCAUUGUAACUGUCUAGUCAGUAUGCUGUGGCUGCACUUGUUCUUCUUUGUAUGUAAUAGCAGCUUGCCUGUCCCACCACCUACUGUGUUGGAAUGAAUUGGCUUCUUAAUAAGUAGGAAAGAAUAGAAAAAACACACAUUAAUUACUACUAAUACAAUUGUUUCUAUCAGCUCAUAAUCUAGCAUCCCUUUAUACACAGUGCACCUCAAUUUAAUUUUGUCUUUUACUUUGACUCAAAUGUUUCAUACUGUGUUUUGGGACAGUGAUCAUUACCCCUUACAAGUGUAAUAAGUGUGUGUAUGAUGUGUGUGUGUGUGUCUUAGAAAGACUCAGUGUUGUGUCUGAUGAAACACCAUGAAAGAGAACAGAUUUGACAAAGAGACAAGGUUAUCAUUGAGACAGGAAAAGAGGGAACACGGUGCAGUGUUGGGUAUAAAAAGACAGACUGCAAAUGAAUCAGUGAAAAAGAUCUCUGAGCACACAGAGCUCACCGUUUCUUAAGCUCCUUUUACGUUUGCAUCACAGGCCAGCACCCUUGGGCGUGUCUCCCACUUGGCUUUCUAUUAAAAGCCAACAAAUCACUCACCUCUGUGCUCUCCUUAUUUAGACUGUUCAAACACAUUGCUAGGCAACAGAUUGAUCCAUUUAGCCAUAAAGGAAGUUUUUCUUUUUGAAUUGCAGGAAAUAUAGUCUAUUAAUACAUGAUCAAUUCAAGCAUUUCUUUACUUGAUAAGUGGUACUUCUCUCUUGUGUAAGGAAUAGAAAUAUUCCUCUUUUCUCCUUGAGUGACAAGACUUAAUAAUCCAGAUGCAGAUUACUAACAAUUAGUUUCCAGAAAGGCUUCUUUAUGUACUUUAUUCCUCCUUUGUGAUGCUGCAGAGUUUACUGGACGCUCACAAACUCAAUAUUAAAGAAAUGUUUUGGAACUUAAGUCUGACAUUAAGUUCAUCCUACCUAGCGUGUGUCUUUAUGCAAUUCCUGUUUUAAAGAUAUUUUUGAAUAGUUAUGAAAUCCAGUUUAUAUUUUAUUGCAUAUGAAUAAAGCAGUAAAAGCUAAAGUUUGAACAGCUAAUACUGUUCGCCUGGUCUGUUGUACCUCUGUUAAAACUCAAUACAUGAGUUAAAGAUUUAAUUUUAUUUUAGACAAACAUCUUAUGUUAAGAUACUGCAAGUCAAAAUGAGAACCAGCUUACUGGUGAACAUAGACGAACAUGUCAAUAGGACAAGAAUAUGUAAUUUUUUUUAAUGAUACAUUUAAUUAAUUUACAGGUGAUUCCUGUCUUUCUUUAUUUGGCUUGUGAUAUAUUGAAAUUUCAUAUUUUGCUGGACUUGUAAGGUUGCUGUGGCUGACAUUUUGUCGAUGAAGUCAAUUCUAAUUCUGCAAUAAGAUGAAAACCCUCCAUUUUUAGAAGUGUGGAGGUAAAAUAAGCAUGGGUAUAAACACACAAAAAGACACAUGACAUGGUUGCUUUGGUGCACAUACAAGCAUAACCCUGUGAUAACAUCCACAUUGUCACUGCUGAGUAAUUGCAUGCCCCAUUGUGGAUGUCUCUGAUCAGUUCAUUUCAACAUGCACAGAAAACCCUUAUUAAACCAAAUCCCUUCUUUUCUUUCUAUCAUGCUUUCUCCUAAAGGAAGUGGAGGUUUGUAUGACUGCCUAAUCUGUCAUCUAUUACCAACACUAGAUGUCGUAAUGAUGUUGUAUUCAUGAUUUUGUGUGUUGGUUUUUCUUGUUUCAGGAGCCAGGAACAUGGACUCCAUCCAAGCCCUUUGAUCAAGGUGGGUGUGAGCAGGAGAGCCUUGAAUGUUUGUGCUGUUGGCUUUGUGAUAAAAUACACAUACAAAAAAAAAGACAGACAAGGAUGUAGAAAAUGAUGCUGCUCUCAAAACUGAAGAAAUCUAGUUUACAAAUGAAGUGUCUUAUUCAUAUAAUGUGGUAAUUUAAAAGAUUAAAACCAGAUUAGAAAAAACAUGCAGGAUAAAACUCUAAAUAAAGACUUUAGGGAGAAAAAUCAUUAGAGGCAGACUGCAUUAAUGCAUCUUUACCUUGUCCUCUGUCCAUCUACACAUCUGUACUUAAAGCUGUGUACUUCUAAUCAGAUCACCUCAUGCUAAUGCCAACAAUGUAAACAGGGCCCACACAACAUUACACCUAGCCGUAGGUAACUCAACAUCACAGCUUCUGGUAUCAUAGCAGUUACAUUCAGUGGUUCAACUAUUCUGAAGCACUGUUUUUAUUUGUCGAAUUGUUUGCAUCUUAAACCCAAAAGAUGUUUUUGUUUUUUGAUGGAACAUAUUGCAACCAAUUGGUGUCAGCCCUUGUGAGUCAUUGUGGAUUAUUAGAUAACAAGAUUAGGAGCCGUAAAGGAAGAGUGCUGACCACGAGGAGGAAACUUUUAAUCGACAGGUCGUGGCAUCGGCAGAGUUUACUGCAGGUUCAUGCAGAUAGGAGUCUGUUUUAAAGUGUGUUACUUAGAGGCUAGCCCAAAGUGUUUCCCUUCACUUUACGUAGCCUACAAAAUCCUGUGACAGAGACGGCGGUAAACCCACACACACAUCAUGGCACGUAAGGACACGAACACAUUCACUCUCACUGUAUCCUCAAACACGCGCACACAUGCACCCAAACACACAGACAUGUCAAUGAAACAAUAGCAUUAGACAGUGCGUUGGAGGAUGGAGGCAGGAUAAUCUGGCAAAGCUGCUCACGGAUUACAGUAAGGUUCUCUAAAGUAGAGGUCAUUCACCAACUGUUCUCAGAUCAGCAAACAGCCACCGACCCUGAGCACAGGACCCGCACUAAAGGCUGACGACCGGUCAGAAAGAGUCAGCAUGUCACAACCGACAGAGAUCAGAAACCUCCGAUCCAAAAUCAGCUCUCAUCUUAAAAGCCAGAAACGAUCCUCUUCUCUCAGAUCUGAUACCAGAUCAGUUUGAAGCUCUCUGAGGAGGCUGACACAUGGUGCAUGAUGAUGACAGGCCAGAAGUAGCCUUUAAACCAGCUCCAUCUGUUUUUAGCUGUAAGUGUACUUAGAGGUAUUAAAGCUUGGAGUUCAGCGUGAGAGAGACAGUGCCAGUGACUGAAGAGACAGUGUGGAAGGAUUUAACUCAAAAACACAUUGAAACACACAUAUUUCUCACGAUCCCUUUCCAUUUUACUGACAGAGAAUGUACUUUAGGGUUUGUAAACAUCAAAAUAAACAACACAGAACAGGAGGUUGUGUCUUGCAUCCACUCCACAUCACAAAAUCAUCAUUGAUUGUUCGUAUCAACCUGAAACAUAAAGACAGAGAGUCCAUUAAAGCAGAAGUUCAACAUUUCUGACCACACCACACCGCAGAUCAGCUAACGUGUUAGCUUGCUACGUUUGAGGCAAUGUACUUUAUGCUACUAACAUUGGCUAACCAUUAGCUUGUUCACCUACCAAUCGAUUCCUGAAGGCAGAAGCUGUUACACAACAGCGCUUCACAAACUUACAUCUUAACAACAAAAUGAGGGUCUAUAUAAUGAUAUCAAGUCAUCUAUAUGGUAAAGCAAUGGUGGGAAUAUAACAAACCUUGUUUUGCACGUCUCCUUGCUAUGAUGAGUGGGUGGUGCUUGGUUUCAAAUGCCCAAACAUUAACCAAAUGUGUUGGGUAGUCCACAAUGAACCAACAAAACUCUAUAGAAAUUACAACCCAACAGCUAAUAACUAUGUCCCCAACUCCAUGAAAAUAACCCAAAUAAAUUGGCCAACAGACUCAACCAGGUGGUUGGGUUGAAAAAAACAACCCAGCAUUUUUUUUUGUGUGUGUAAGGAGUUAAAAUGACAAAUUAAAAUACAACUGUAGGAAAUUUUAUCGGGAAAAUUACCAUGAGCAUUUCUUUGAGUAGUGAGGAUAAGUUUUUGUCCUGGAUAUAUUAACAGUUUGAUACAUUAUGAAAUAAUGAGCUAAUUGUUUUUCUCCAUUUUGUGUUUUAAGCCCUCGAUCCAGCCAAAGACCCUUGUCUGAAGAUCAAAUGCAGCCGCCACAAAGUGUGUGUGGCCGAGGACUUCAAGACCGCCACCUGUGUCAGCCAGAGGAGAGUUAGGUAACCACCAACAACACUUGCCCUUUUUAAGCAGGCGUUAGUUUAAAGCUGUCGCUCAGUUACAAGUUUUUCAUGUCAAAGCCAGAAAUAAAACACAAAGUAAGCGGACUGGGAGGAAAUGGAAUUUCUUUUGUACUUUCUGUAUCUUGUUUUUUUUUUUCUUUCCACUUAUUCACCCAGUUACACUAGAGGAGGUUUUUCCUUUUUUUCUAGCUGGUCUACUUACCGCUUCCUCGGCUCUCUUGUGACUGUUGUGUGACAUUACUUUUUAGUCCAGUUACCCCAGCACUGGCAGUGCCUUACAACGGACACGAAAGUCCUGCCAAAUGAUAUGAAUGGGCUUUGUGUGUGUAUGUGUGUGUGUAUGUGUGUGUCUGGGAGAGUGAAGACCGCCAUACUGACCUCAAUUCCCAUUCUGACAGUAGCAUCAACAGAAUUUCUACAACAGAGAAAGAUAUCAGAAAAUAAUCACACAUAAAUCCUAAUCCUCGUCUCAUAUUACGAGACAAAAAAAGAGAAUACAGAGGAGAUAAAAAAUGCUGAACAAAAGUUUUUGACUUUUUCGCUCCACAUUUCAGAAAGAUUACAAUAGACAUUUUCUUUUUUUUUUCCUUUUUCUCUUUUUGUUCCUUUUGAUUCUUUUGUUUUUUCAUGUUAUUGUAGUUUUUUUUGUUCUCUUUCUUAUCCUUUAACACCACUUUUUUAUCUGUAUAGUCCUUUGUCAUUUUUUACAUUUUUGCACAAUAAUAAAAGCAGCCAAAAAUGUUCAAAUAGUAAAAAAAAAAAAAGGUUGUUAUAAGAAAUGUUUUCUUCAGAUUUUGGUCCAACUUGUGAUUGUGUUUGUAAAAUGAGUCUUUGAUUUUCCUCUUUAGUUUCAAAGAUGCCAGUUUGUACCAGAAUCCAGGGUCGAAGUGCAAACCCUGCCCUGUGGUUCACCCCUCUCCAGUUUGUGGCACAGACGGGCACAGCUACUCCACCAAGGUACCAGCACGCACACACAUGCACACACACGGAAACACACACACACAAUCACUCUAACCUAGAUUAAUAGACACAUCUAAGCACCCAGCGGUUAGAUUUCCCCCCUGAUCAGACUCUCCUCAUGAUUUUACCUCUUUGUCAUCCCUGUCUCUCCUGCUCAGUGUAAGUUGGACUACCAGGCGUGCAUCACAGGAAAGAAGAUUGCUGUGAAGUGUCCUGGCAUGUGUCCUUGCCCCACCCAGCCUGAACCAAGCUCUGCAGAGAAGAAAGGUACACGGGUCUGCACACAUGACUGCACACACUGCAAGCUGCAGAGGAAAACUGUAAAUUCUGCUUAAUUAAAAGGUCUGUCAGGGUGUCAAAGCCCUUGUUAAACCCCCCUACUGACAAACUAAAGCCCCUCUGAUACUGGAUUCCAGCAACUUUUCAGGGCUGCUUACUCUGACUUUCAUUUUCACGAGGGAUUAAGGGGCGAUAAAGCAUCCAUUCAUCAUCAUUAAGUGUUAAUGUUAUUGUUCCUCAGUGUGCAGUGAGUCUGACCUGAAGGAGGUGGUGAGUCGUCUGAGAGACUGGUUCAGAGUGCUGCACGAGAAUGGCAACCACAAGAGAGUCAAAAUCCAGAAGCCGGAGAAGAACAGUGAGUCACAGGGCAUUAAUAAAUCACGAAUACAUUUCCGCACGCAUUAUUCAACUCAUACCUUGCUGCUUCUAACUUCUCAUAUUUUUUCACUUUUUCCCCGCAGAGUUUGAGGUCGGGGCGUCACCCAUCUGCAAGGACCCUCUGGGCUGGAUGUUCUCCAGGUUGGACACAAACUUCGACCUGCAGCUUGACCAAUCAGAGAUCAAAAGCCUGUACUUGGACAGGAACGAGCCGUGCUCUGACGCAUUCUUCAAAUCCUGCGAUACACACAAUGACAAAGUCAUAACCAGCUCUGAGUGGUGCACGUGCUUCCAGAGGUACACAGGUACGGUGCUCCUGUCAUUGCAUGCAUAGAUAGAUAUGUCUAUUCUUGUUUAACAAAAGUAAAGCCAAGAUAGGAGUUAAAAUAUUGUGCGAUUGUUGCCGGAAUCAGGCGGCCAAGAUCUGCCGGUUAAUGCUGCGUUCCAGUUACCGCGGAAGUCAGAUGUCGGAGCUGGGAAUGACGUUACACCCGAGUUGACGGCAUUCCAGUCAACAAGUCAAAAAACCAAGAUGGACGCCGACUAUUAGCCGUUGUGAGCUGUUGUUUACAAUUGUCAGGGGUUGUUAGUUGUUGUUAGCUAUACCAGUUGUAAACAACGCACAAAACAGUAUUUUACUGUACAAACACCAUAGCACCAUGUUCACACUUAGACAUUAGGCAGUAAAACAUAAACCACUUAUUUAAUUUCACAAAAAUAAAACAGAAGUGCUAAUAAAUAAUACAUUUUGAGAGCUUUCACUGUCACUGUUUUCUGUUGAUGCACUGUGCUGCCAUCUUGAGUUAUGACGUUGUUGUCAAGCCAGGGUUGGCGAGAUGAAUUUCUGACUCGAAGCUUGGAAAUCCCGACUUCCUAGUACAACUGGAACGUAGUAUGAGCCACAAUACUGAUGGUUUACCCCUUCUGCUAGCUUAAACACAAUUUAACUCACCAGUAAAGAAUCCAUCAUUUCUUUUCAAAGCAAUCUAUGGCUCAUGCAGAGAUAUAGAGUUGUAUGUGAAAGUACAAGCCUUUGCAUGUUUCAAUAAUGGAAGCUUCAAGCUGUGAAGAACUUUGUUUGUCUUAAUUUGUUGCUUUCUAUAGACCAAGAUUCCUCCCUCACCUCUCAGCUAAUUUUCCUCUCCACAUGUGUCAGUAACAGUUUCUUCAAAAGAAAAAAAUCCUCCUGCUCUCUUGUGUGUAAAUGAAUCAUGAAUCUUUGCUGUGGAAAAGGUGAAAACGGGUGUUUCCUUCACCAAGCUGUAAAUCACCUUUCUGUAUCAACCCAUUUGCGGUGUUUACAGACCUUAAAAAAUUAAAGAAAUUGUAAAACUUUUUUGCUAACGGUCGUGUUGGCUGUAGGAGAUCAUAAAGAUGCCUCCCUUUUAAUCUCAGGUUGUUUCAUAAGUAGUUAAAACUUCCUCACAGGAGCUUUAAUCUUUACUGCCUUUUGGCUUGUUAGCCGUUAUGCAGUUUUUUACCAACUCUCUGAUGGGCUUUGAUGAGCACAGUUUUAUCAUAACAGAUAAAAAAGAUCGCUGAUAUGUAAAACAAGACCCAAGUGGUUAAAAAACAAAACUUUUCCCUUAUUUAUGAACCAACUCCUGCAGCUAGGAAUAAAAGUCACCUUUUGCUGAAUCUCGAUGUCGUAUUAUUUGUGACAGAAUACAUAUCUGAGCAUUGAAAAAUACAAUCAGAAGCAUCACAAUACAGUGCAACACACUGUUGUUGUAUAAGACCUAGGAGAAAAAUGUUGCUUUUUUUUGGGGUUAUAAUGAAAUUGCAUUUGAAGAUGAGACUGCUCCUUUGUUAAAGCAAAGACAGCAGGAUAACAAACACCACAAAGAAAACAGAAAGUACACAAAAGAAGCAAAGUUCACAAAGAAAGAUGCAUUCCCUGAAGCAGACUUCUGUAACCACGGUCCCUUGUCUCUUCUUUUUAGACUCCCCUUGUAAAGCAGAGCUGUCUGGUAUCAGCAGAAAGCAAGCAGGGAAGAAACUGCUUGGUGAGGCACGCGCACACGCACGCACACACACACACACACACACACACACGCACAAAUACACAUGCAAAAACAGUGUGUUUCCUUUGUUCACCGUGUGUGUCUGUGUGUUUUGGCUCAUGUCUAUAGGUCAGUAUCUGCCAUCCUGUGAUGAGGAAGGUUACUACAGGUCACACCAGUGUCACAGCAGCAGUGGCCAAUGCUGGUGUGUUGAUCGCUAUGGUAACGAGGUAGCUGGCUCACGCACACAUGGACCUGCAAACUGUGGUAAGCAGAACUAGGAAGUAGAUUAUGAGGUUUUCUGCUUUUAUAAGAGGAAAAAAAAUUACUAAUUUGUUGGAGGUAUUAAAAAAUUAUUUUUGUUUUGCAAAUUGUGUAAUUAUCUUUACUGCUUGCAAUAUAUACUUUAUAUCUUAAUUUAAAGCUACGAUUAGCAGCUAAUAAGCUUAAUUUAGUCAAAUUUCAGCCAAAAAAAUCUGUCUGCCAACCAAACAACAAGCUCCAGUGCUUCAAAAUGAAGUCAAUGCUUCAGAGCAAUAAACUGCAGUUCCUCCAGUGUCCACUUGGAGCUGGCUCCAAAAGCGAAGGAGACCCAAUUAUUGCCCAUGCUACAGCAAAAUGAAACCUGCUUACAGCCUGGUACAAAAAUAAAAAUCAGCUUUAGCUUGAUUGGCUCAUUUCUUUACAGUUACAUACUGUACAGACCGACAGAUUUGUAUAACUCAAACAUUUAAUGAUAUUAAGUUUAACAGUUAUGCAUAAAUUUGCUAAAGAACACCUGCCGCCAUGGUUGCUAUUGAUUUAGUUCUUUUUGAAAAAUCCUCUUAUAGGGCGCUCACACCAAGCGCCAGUAAAAUCAUCUACUCGCUUAAUUCGCUUGAAUCUAGACGCUUGUAUGAAUAGUAUUUACUCGCUUCAUUCGGGCGUCAAUGGUAAUUUCAACGGUAAUCCCUGCCAAUUCAACCAGCGGGAUCAAGUGAUAGACAAAGGUCUUUUACAAUUUACCAGGUAAUCUGACCUCCUCACUCUUUUGCCUCCAGGCGAGCUCCUUUUUAUUCGGUCUCGGUAAUUGAAAGAAAAGGUAUCAUAUAAUUCAGACACUGUCCAUUUUCAUACGUCACCUUGCAACUCUCGCACUGAUUAGUUAUUGCGACUCAAAUAUCUGCUCAAGUUGAGACAUUUGCAGCUCCCGCCAAAUUUGCGUUAUUCGCAUCGCCGGAGUAGUAGGAGCGUCUAAUCGCGUCUUUGCAUUGACUUAACAUGUAAUUCAUUCGUGCAAAUGAUUUUACUCGCACUUGGUGUGAUCCUAAAGCCAAGCCAUCCUGCUCUAUGAAUAUGGAGGCUAACCAGUCUGUCCAUAUUUUUCAUGCAGAUAUAAUAAUGGUGUUGAUUUUCUUGGAUCUUUAUGUGUCUUCUUUUUUUAAAAACCUUUUCUGUUUUCUUUCUGCUUCCAGGUGUUAUUUUGGAGUCUUCUGGAGACCUUGGCAGCGGGGACUCACUGUUCACCGACGAUGACGAAGAUUCAUUUGUCCUCAACGACCAGGUCGGGAUGGAUGACGAGGACGACGAAGAUGAGGACGACGACGAUGACAACGAAGAAUAUCUGUCAUAAUUUUUUUAAAAGAAAACAAAAAAAGAAAAAAGAGAAAACUGUUUGUUUGGUCAAACUGCACGUUUCUAGGUGACUUCCCAGGCAGAUACUUAAUCGUACUAACAGCCUAUGGACUACUCUCUGUGUAUUGUUUGUUCAUUAGUAAAAAAAAAAUAUUCCUGGCGAUUGUUUAUGAUUUCUCUUCUUCUGUAAGUAUAAAAUAUGUUUGGUUAAUGGCACUUGUUCACUAGUGUAUCAGCCAACCAGAGAACUUACAAGGACUUAUCGACAACCAAUCCAGUGCUUUGGAUUUGGCCACAUGUGCAAAGACCUCUCCCCUCAUUGGACAGUCCAUGUCUUUUCGUGUGUUCUGUCCUUGUGCAGCACUCCGAUGCCUGAGUGUGUUGAUGCCUGAGGCGCAGUGUUUAAAGAGAUUUCCCCCUUCAUCAUUACUCCAUCCUCUUCCUCCUCCCUCCCCCUUCCUCGCCCCUUUUUUUGCUCCUUAUCAAAUGUUCCUGUGUAUAGGUGGGAUGUUGAUGAUGUAGAUAAGAGAAUAUUGCACUCUUUAGGUUUCUUUUCAUCUUGAUUUGUAACUGUGACUGUAACUGUGUGGAAAAAACAAGAUAAGAGUUAGACAUGCUUCAUUAAGAGAGUUAAGGCAAAAAAGAAAAAAAGAAAAAUCUGUGUAAGUUGGAUAACAAUCAGAAGCAGCAUGCUCGCUGUUUUCACUGGGACACAAAUCAAGUUAAAUUAUCUCAAAGGAUCAGCAACAAAGAAAAGACAAUUUACUGCCUUGACAGUGGUGUUAGGGGCAAGAGUAUGUAUUUUUUUAAUCCAUUGUUGGAUGAUUACAAAAGAUGAAACAGAUUUGUUAAAGCAUGUCUAAUGCUUUGCGAUGUUGUUUCAGUCUGCAGGACCAGAGGCUAAACCUUUCUGGAACUCAAUAGCUAACAAAGCUGGAGGGUUACAAUUUUAAUUCCCUUAAAGGUUGUACAGAUUAAAGUUUCCUUGCAUUGUUUUAAUCCACUUGAGCCUCAAGCUGUGUGAUGGAAAUGUUUUCUGGGCUUCACUGUAGCGUAAGAAAACUCCAUAACUGCUCACAUCAGAACACUCACUCCCAAGAAAUCAUGGAGUGGAUGCUAUGAAAUUUUUAGAUAUGAGUGUAGGGCUUUACAUGUUACAGAUUAAUCUCUUGCAAAGUGAGAAGCAGACUUGAUGAAAAUGUCUCGUGGGGGAUGAUAGGUGAGGUGUGCCUUUUAUUGGUAAGGAAAGAUGGCAGAAACAGUGGGAGAAGCAUGCUUGCUGGACUAGCAGAAGUUCAUCUUUACACGGUGUAAGAGCAGCUUUACUGUAAAGCUAACGUACCACAUAGAUUUGGUAUGGCUUUUUUUGGCGGGUCUCGUGAUAUAGGCCACGAUCCAGAUCUUGAUUUGUGAUAUAGGAUAGCUAGAAUGUAGAGAAGCACAGACAUACUUAACAGUUAAGGCAUAAAUACACUUAGAUUCUGCUGGAUUUGAAACAUCGGUUUAUACAUUAGUACACUGGCUAGAGGAAGCUUUGGAUAGACAGCUUUAUAUAUAUAAAAAAAUCAUCUUCCAGUGUUUCGCUUAUACUUAAUUUGUACUUGAUCUGCUUAUCUACUUAUAGUGUAAGUAUAUCUGUUAGAGUUCAAAGUGAUCCCAGAUUUGUAUAUUCUUGCCGAGUCCUGUGACUGUUUAUGCAGAACUGGGAUUUGCAGAGCACCUUUGUUAACUUCAUUUUUCUUUUUGUUAUGAAUCUGCCGUCAGGCUUAAUUUCUCCAGUCAAAUAUUAGUUGAAAUUCCAUGUUAAGACUUGCAAAGUGCCAUCUAAUUGUCCUGUAGUUUUUGUUUUUUUUCUCCCGUCAUUCCUUUUAACUUGGAGUUUCGAUUCACUUUCACCACAAACUGGGAAACAUUUCAGUUUUCAAGUGUGCUGUUUUCAUGAGUGUGACGACAUGCAAAUCAUUUUUGAUGACCUCAGACACUGUAGCCACUCUCAACCAAUCACGCACUGUCAUCAAAGCUCUGAUAGUGUUUAAAGGUAAUGAUACAGAUGCAUUUUUUACAGUGUAUGUAUGAUUUGCUGAAAUAAAAGCUAUAUUGACCAAGGUUUGCUUGACCACGGA